CACACAACGGCCCCGAGAGCGGCACGGUGGCGGACGAUGGCGUCGGAUGUGCGCUGCUCUGUCGAGACUGCACCAGAGGGCAGCAGCAGGACGCCCAUGGUCCACAUGGACCUCGAGGCGUGUCGGGACUCGACGCUGUCCGACGGCAACCACGGCGUCCCCACCCACGCGCAUGCAACGUCCAUGGAAGACGAUGCUUUGGACGCUUGUGUCCAGGACAUUCUCGAUAACGACCUUGAACCGACGGCGCCGUCGGCACCUCACGUGGACGUAGCAAUCGACGCUCAUCUCAACAACGCGAUGCACAUUUCCCCACCCAUGCCUCCACUUGACCGCCAGUCGACGUCGAGUUCGAACAAACUCAUUCUGUCGACGGAUGGCGAACUCGACGUGGAUGAUGCCAUUGUUCAGGCUUCGACAAGCGGUCCGCCGACGCCACCACUCGCGCUCACGUUUCACUUUGCCAUUCUCGUCAAAGUGCCGCGGGUUCCAGCCCCCGACGGCUCUGUGUCAUCGACGAUUGUCACAUUUGAUCCGAUCGUACUCCAUGGACUGGAAGACCUCGCAAAGCGCCUGGCUCUCGCGGGGUUCCUCGUCCGCCUCGAGUCGCGACCAGUGUACAAGAAGCAUGCGCCGCACUUGAAGCUCGUGUUCCUUUUGCACGCUCCUGACGCCAUCUUGGCCGACAUGCAAACCAAGAUGGAAAUCGAGCGAUGGGUCGCGGGCGGUCGCAAUGGCGAGCACUUUCUCGCGCCGCAGCAGCACGGCAAACUAACGUCCGCCGAUCGGAUCGUGCUCGUGGAUCGAUUGCUCCAUGCCUCGCGGCGCCACGGCGGCCUCGGGCUCCUGGACCUGCAACCCACAUGCCCGUUCAAAGCGUUCCCGCUGCACGACGACAUGUUCAACAAAGUGUACCUGACCGAGUGGUUCCUCCAGUGGCGCGCCUACUUUCGCGACAACACGGCAUCGGUCGAGAAGAUUCGGCUGCACUUUGGCGAAAAGGCGGCGUUGUACUUUGCCUACAUGGACUUUUACACCAAGUGGCUGCUGCCACUCGCGGCGUGGGGCCUCUUCAUCUACUUUAUCUCGGCAUUCUCGGUCACGGCCUACUUUCGUCUGGCGGCGAUCACGGGCUUUGCCGUGUCGACGGUGUGGGCAACGCUGUUUCUGAUCUGCUGGAAGCGACGGCGUAGUGAACUGCGCCUCAAGUGGGGCAUCGGCGCGCAAGAGCACGUGCAUGUGUCGAACCCGCACUUUCAACCGCCGCCGCCGUCGGCCGGCGUGAACGGCAUCAAGUGGAGCCGCCGCCUCAAGUACGUUGUGGGGUACCUCGUCUUGGUCGUGUUUCUCGUCGGCGAGACCGUCAUCACGAUCGGGUUUGUCGACUUGUACUUUUUCCUCAAGGCCGGGUGUGGCGGCAAUUGCUCGACGGGCGGCCUCGAGAACUGGGUCCUCGUGCUCUGUCAAGGCAUCCUCCUCGGCCUUGUCGUCGACAUCAUCCAGUACCAGAUCUUUCGCGUCAUCGCGGUCGGUCUCACGCAGUGGGAAAACCACCCGACCGAGAAGCGGUACGAGUCAUCGCGGGCGCUCAAGGUGUUUCUCUGGGACUUUUUUGGCAUCUACUCGUGGUUUUGGAUGUGCGCGUUCGUGUACGUCCCGUACGGGUCCCAGUUUAGCUCGCUCGUGAACGAGUACAACUUGCUCCCGUGGACAUCGAGCUACGAGCCAGGGCUGCUCGAGCUACAGACGAUGUUUAUCACGCCGCUGGUCGCGACGCAAGGGCUCAAGAUCGUGUUUGAAAAGUUCAUUCCGUACUUUUUGCUCCACGCGGCAAAAAAGGCCAGCGAAGCCAAGGGCCUGUACGAUGUGUACCACAACACGCUUGCGCAGAGCUUCACCCGGGAGGACAAAUCCACGGCGGCCCCCAUGACGCCGUCCAAGUCGUCGACGCGGAUUUCCGACAUCCUCACGAGUCUGCCCAAACUGUCGAGAAAAUUGGCUGCGUCGUCGACGACGACCCGUUCGCCCGCAGCGACGUCGCCUGCCAAACCCACUGAAGACGCAGCAUCACCGAGUCCACCACCCGCUCUGGCGUCCCCUCAACCCGUUUCCACAGACGGCAAGUCGCCGACCUCGUCGACCCUGAAUCACCCCACUCGAUCCGGACGACGUCGUAGCAGCUUUGGCGGUAGCUCGAUCGCAUUCCAGCAACAGCGGCAAUGGUUUCUCGAUCGUGUCCUGGAACAAGCUGGCCAGAGCCCCCACGACACGUUUGCCGAUUACGCCGACACGUUGGUUCAAUUCGGCUACGUGCUCCAAUUCACGUGCGUGUGGCCGUUUAUUCCGUUGUGCGCCGUGAUCAACAACGUGUUUGAAGUCCGGUCGUCGGCGUUCCAGCUCGCGUACGCGUCACAGCGAGUCGUUCCCCAACGGACGAGCUCGAUGGGAUCGUGGAACCUCUUUCUUCGUUUCAACAACAUUUGGGCCAUCUUUAUCAACGUGGCGCUGGUUUGUUACGCCAGCGGGCUCCUCGAGUCGUUCUUUCCCGCGUGCAUGCAGCUGCAGGUCACGACCGAAUACGCGCAGCACCUCCCCCCGAUGGUCCCCAACUUUCACUGCAUUGCCAACACGGACCGGUUUGCGAUCUUUGUCAUCCUCGAGGUACAAUGUCGAGUUUCGCGGGAGACGUCGCCACCGUCUUGGCUUCGCUGGGACGUCAGUGCUGACGGGGGGGGGUGGCGUUGUAGCACGUCCUCGUUUUGCUGUACGUGACGCUGACGCUCUCGAUCAACGCCGUGCCGUCCUCGAUCAAGCGCAUUUUGAAGACCAAGGACCGAGUGUUGAAGGAACACUUUGCCGCCCAUGCCGCCUCGUACAACGAUGACGACACGAGGCGGCGGUCGCCGAGCGCCGUCCGUGACGAGCUCGACCUGGCGGAGACCAAGCACGCGGUCCUGCACGAUCAAUUGACGACGCUGCUGGCGGAGCGCCGUCAUUGUGUCGCGUCGACCCCGCGGCACUCGCCUCCGCCGACUUUACCCGUCGGCCGCCGGCUCAAACCUCUCACUUCGCAUCAAGACUAGAGCUAGACCAAUCCACCGCCGCCAACUCGACAGUGGCCGCGGCUGCUCCUGCAGGGAUGUCUGUCUCGGGACGAGUUGGAGGUGUGGCUGGUGCCCCCAUUCGUCGUGCCGCCGUGUCGGUGGUCGCUUGAGUCGUCGUCGUGCAAUAUACCUAGAUGUAUUAUUCUUAAAGGUACAGUCGCUUGGACGUGGCCUCACGUGGCUCGAGGCCAGCGUCGUCGGUGGCCGGCACCACGUGGUGCGUGUUAGGCUCUGCUUCGUCCCACAUGUUGACAGCCUUGUACGCUUCAUCGUGGACACCGACGCGCAAGAUGUCGGCCAUCUUGGAGCAGAAUCGGUCCUUGUACUUUGUCGGUGGAAGCGCCGAGAGUCCAUCGGGGUCCUUUCGUAGCAGAAGGACCUUGGUGUUGCGCUCGAGCUUCUUGUCAAAGUUCCACAGCUGGAGAAUGUCGAUGAUACCAAAGUAGUAGCACGAUGGCCCGACGACCGUGUUGGCCUUGCGAGUGCCUACACACAGUCGAGUCGGCAUUCUCGAGACGGUGCCGUGUGUACCUGUGGCCCGGAUCGGCGCUCGGGUGUCGUCGUCAUCGUCUAAAUGAACGUCGCUGUCCUCGUUGUCGAGGAGUGUGCUGUCCCCAACGCCGAUACUCAAGUUGCGGGCCGUGGGCUGCGCCGGCUUGGACCCGCGCGUGAUGUUGGGGUUGAGGAGGAGGCUGUUGUCGAGCAUGGGCCCGGAGAGGUCGAUAUCGGCCGACACACGGUACUCGACGUUGUGGACGCCCAUGAGCAAAGAGUAGUCCAUGAUGCCGUGGUUGCAGAGGAACCCGGCAUCCUUCGUGAUCUGGUCGUACAGCUCCUCGGCGACGACCGGGUCCAGCCGCACCUUUUGCGUCAAGUCGUUGUCUUUCAAAAUCACGUUCGGUUCGUGCGUGCCGACGCGCAGGGGGCACACGUUGCCCUCGACAGACCCAAACACGUACUUGCCGUUGCAAUGGCGACACGUCACCUUCUUGCCUACAUGCGCAACGAUCAGCGUCGCCCGGAG